AUGUCGGACUCUUUCUGUGGCGCGUCACUCAAAAAUGGAAGGGAGGAGAGGCCAGCUUGCUUCAGUGAAAGAUGUGGAAGUUUGCUCACACCACCAGCCGGCCGACAGUCUGCACUCCGGAGCGGUCACACCACUGACCCCCUAGAGUUGGAGGAACGGUAUGGCAGUAGUAAGGAGCUGCUACGAGGAUGUCGAAUCGUACCUCCUCACUUGAAUGAAGGUCACUCUUCAAACAUGAUGGCGAAGGUACGGGAAAUGCGGAGACCUGCGCGGCCGUUUCAUCCUCCAUCACCGCCGGUAGCGAAGAGUCUCGGCGGCAAGAUGAAGUCUCAAUACGACAAAUUUUAUACCACAUUGGGAAAUUCUGUGCCAUGUACGACCGUCUGUGCCAUUCAUAGAGAAAAAAAACGAGACGAGUAUACCGCCCCAUGGGGGUCAUACUCAUCUCAAGAAAACGAUACUGCAGAUGAGGCACUCACGCCUCGAGCACUUCCUUUGGGAGAUGCCCAACCGCAGCUGUCUCACGGCAGAAUGAGAAACGGCGUGUUAGGCAGAAGUAGUUUAUCUACCUUCCCAAGGAAGCAGGAAAGAGUCAUACGGAUAGAAGAGAACAACCUCACUAAGAGAGGGGGACUUCUCUGUCAUAGCAACGGUACUCCGCUGCCUCCACCCGUUAGCGUGGAAAUAACAGAACGGUUGACGUCAAGCAACCAAAGCUCGUGCGUUGCGGUCGUAACCUCGUCUUCACCAUCUCGGAGGUACGCUCGUAGUCCACCCCCUUCAGAUUCGACAAAAACCCGUUCCGUGAUUCAAAAUAGUGACGAUAUCAGGGUGUUGAAGCCGGGAAUCAACAAAGCAACCACGCUGAGCAUAGACACUUGGCUCGAGCCGUUUCGCAAACGUAUCAAUAUCCUUAGUGACCUUUGCAAAGACAUGGUGCACCAUGUCGAGGUCAUGAUAUCCCGUCACCGUCUCGUCCGAGGGUCUGUCCAUAACACCAUAGAAGAAGGAAAGCAGCCUGCCUCCAUAAAUCGUCCUACUUGUAAAACGAUUUCUUUUGAAGACUCCUCCUACUCGACCCAACCACGGAUGCAAGGACUCGAGAUUUGCCGAAAAGGCUCCUCCCCAAAGACAACAGUGGCAGAGGGGGGCAGUACACAAUUUUCUGGUUUCGACCUCAGUAAAUGGCGUCCAGCAGUUUCACCGUCGAAGGGUGGGGAAAGAAAUAAUGGUGCUGGGGAAGGCUGUGGAGCCACAGGAGAAGCGAGCUCAGGUCUUUCUCAGCCCACAUCAUUCGGAGCUGCCAGUUCCGAGACUGUUGUCACAUUGACCUCCAGAAAUCCGGCCACUUACCCUCGCGGCAGCUCGUCCACUCCGGGGCCCGGCUGGGGAGGGGAUGAGGAGCAUGUAAGAGUAGCUGUCUUCACAAAGCAGCUUGCUGAAUUAGCCGUCAUUCUUCGAAUUACCAAUCCCGAUGCCGUAAAGCGUAAGCUCUUUGUCGCAGAAAACUGCCCCCUUCUGAUUCCUCCCAACGAGGCGGACGACUUCUUUGCUUUUUCAAUCAUCCUCUACAGUCUGACGCUUCCUCAGAGCUACAGGUGGAACCAAGGAGUCUAUAGACUUUCACCGACUGUGAGCUCCAGUAAAGCGUAA